GGGUAAAAGAGGGAAUGCAAAACAGGAAGAAAAAAAAAAAAAAAAAAACCAGAAAUGCUUUGACUCUAAUGUUCAUCAUCCACUUCCCACAUAUUUUCCUUUCUCUUUUCCUCAACUUCAUAAAUGCUUUGAAAAUUCAUUCUCUAAUUUAUAAUAUAUUUGUGUUGAGGUAAUUAAUUUAUUAUGGAUGUGAGGUGGUGCCCAUUAUUCCUCCUACUCCCACCCCUUCCACAUCCUUUUCUUUUAUCUAUUUUUGCAUGGCAGAGCAAAUUGAUGAUCCCUCAAUUCAAGCAUGGCCCCUAAUUAUAGGUUUCUUUAGGUCAUUUCCAUGGUUGGCACUUCCAUUUCUCAUCAUUCCUUCCUUCCUUCCUUCUCUCCUUCUCUCCUUCUUUUCUCUUUUCUGCAGCAUGAAGAAUGUCUGUUGGCCCUACUUUGAUCCUGAAUUUGAUACCCUUCCUGAGAGGAUCAAUGGCCCAACUUGCAGGGUCUGCAUUGACAAUGAAAGCAUGGAGGAUUGCACCAUUGUCAAGGUGGAUAGCUUGAACAAACAAGGUCUCCUUCUUGAGGUGGUUCAGAUUUUGACGGAUUUGAACCUUACUAUCUCUAAAAGCUACAUUUCUUGUGAUGCAGGCUGGUUCAUGGAUGGUAAAUUCUUCUUCUUUCCUCUUUCUUUCUAUGAAUCUGAACAAAUGUUUCCUAUCUCUUCUCAUGGGGUUCUUUUUUCUUUUUUCUUUUUCCUUGUUGCAGUUUUUCAUGUGAAAGAUGAGAACAGCCACAAACUUACCGAUCAGAAAGUCAUCAACUCAAUCCAGCAGGCCAUUGGUACAACUAAGGGACCUGAAAACUCGGCCAAGACCAGAUGCUAUGCCAACAGCCUUCUGAAAUCUGAUAACUCCGGCGAGCAUACAGCCAUCGAAAUGACUGGCACUGACCGGCCCGGUCUCUUUUCCGAGAUAUCUGCAGCAUUGGCUGAUCUUCAUUGCAACGUUGUGGAGGCUCAUGCUUGGAGCCACAAUGCUCGUUUGGCCUGCAUUGCUUACAUUUCAGACCAGUCUACAGACAGUCCCAUCGAAGAUCCCCAUCGGCUCGCCACCAUUGAAGAGCAUCUCUCCACUGUCCUUAGGGCGGCCACUGCCCCUCUGAUCACCAGUUGGGCGCACACCCUGCAACAAGAAGUGAAAACAUCAGCCACCAUAACAACCAAUGUUGAGAGGCGGCUUCACCAGCUCUUGCUCUCGGUUAAGGAUUAUGAUUGGACCUCUGAAUCCAUUUCAAAGAGACGGAAAAGCAAUGAAGAGUGGAGGAAGAUAACGGUGAGGAUUGAAAGCUGUGAUCAGAAAGGAUAUUCCAUUGUCAGCAUUGAGUGUAAGGAUCGGCCAAGGCUUAUGUUUGACACAGUUUGUACUCUUACUGAUAUGCAAUAUGUAAUUUUCCAUGCUUCCAUUAGCUCCAAAGGAGAUAAUGCUUUUCAGGAGUAUUUUAUCAGACACGUGAAUGGCUAUGCCUUGAAUUCAGAGAAUGACAAGCAAAGGGUGGUAAAGUGCUUAGAGGCAGCUAUUGAGCGUCGAGUUUGUGAGGGAGUGAAGCUGGAGUUAUGUGCAAACAACAGGGUGGGAUUGCUAUCAGACAUAACAAGGGUCCUGCGGGAAAAUGGGCUGAAUGUGGUGAGAGCAGACAUAGCAACACAUGGAGAGAAGGCAAUUAAUGCAUUCUACGUCAAAGACAUUUCAGGCAAAGAUGUAGACAUGGAAAUGGUGGAAUCCAUGAAGAAGGAAAUUGGCCCUAUUGUCCUUCGAGUCAAGAACGAGACAAGCCCUCCAUCCACGCCUCAAAUUACCAGGUCUCGUUUCUCCUUCAGCGACAUGCUCAAGUCUCAGAUUGAGCGCCUCUCUCACAACUUCAUUGCCAUCAGGCACUGAUUCUGUCUUUCCCCUGGCAACAAGUCAAAGGGAUUACGGCAGAAAAAUGAAGAAAAAGUAAAAGAUUACUGUUAGAUGUUUAUAUGUGUAUGGUAUUGACAUAGAGUUGACUGUAAAUAGUAUGGGGUUUGGCAAAAUGUGAUGUGGCAGAUGUUAGAUGCAAAUGUACUGUGGAGUAGAGAUUUUCACACAUUCAUAUUAAUGAUGCAAAGAAAUGACUGUAUAGCAUUGUGAUUUGUUGAAUGGAAUUGACGGCUUCCAUGAGCCUAAACCUUUG